AUGGCGAUGUCAACGGCGACCCGGAUGAUGCGCCUUCACGCGCGCCGCUCCUCCGCCUUCUGCCUCCUCCGCUCCAGCCGCCCGGACCCGCCGCAGCUGCAGGGCCUAGGGUCCAGCUGCCGCUGGUACAGGGGAGCCACCUUGGUGGUCGGCCCGCUGUCGACCCCUGUGAACCUGGGCGUGAGCAUCGUGCCGGAGAGGAAGGUGUUCGUGGUGGAGCGCUUAGGCAUGUACCACAAGUCUCUCUCCUCGGGGAUUCACUUCCUCGUGCCCGGCAUCGACCGCAUCGCCUACGUCCACUCGCUGGAGGAGGAGGCCAUCCAAAUCCCGGACAACCCUGCCAUCACAAAGGAUGGCACCUUGAUCCAGAUCGGAGGAGUGCUCCAUGUCAAGAUUGCCGAUCCCUUCCUUGCUUCCUACGCCAUAGAGAACCCCAUCUAUGCAGUCACCCAUCUCGCGGAGUUUGUUGCAGGCAGUGAAAUUUGCAAGAUUACCCUUGACAAGACUUUUAAGGAAAGAGACACGCUCAACCACAACAUCAUGAAGUCAAUCAAUUACGCAUCAUGCGAGUGGGGUGUCAAAUGCCUCAAAUACGACAUACGCAUUACUCCAACAGAGGGAGCUAAGAAAGCCAUGGAGAUGCAGCUUGAAGCAGAAUCUAUGAUGGAAAGGCUGAAGAAAGCAAAGGGUGAAGGUGAAGCGAUUCUUGCCAGGUUUGAAGCGACAGUUAGAGGGAUAGUAAUGGAUCCAGAGUCAUUUAAAACUGAAGGCAGCACAGAGGCUGCCCGCUUGAAGGUCGCUGAAGAAUACAUGGAAGUAUUUUCAAAACUAGCUAAAAAUAUGAAGACGAUGCUUCUUCCGAGAGUCCCAGGCAAUUGGGGGGCAAUAAUUGCUCAGUCCCAGCCUGCAGUUUUGCCAGAAGACCUCGAUGAUCUGUCUCGUAAGAUGCCAUCCAUCAGUGACAUGGGCGGCGUCCUGUCAGAUGACAAGGAUCCACUGCCACACCCCAAGCAAAAGUAGCUGGAAAUCUUGGUGCCGAUAACUAACUUGCUGUAUGUAAUGCAACUGGAUCAGCAAGGAUGGUUUUUGAGUCUGGAAGUUAAGAUUUCCAUUUUACGUGCUGAUGGGGCCAGGAUGAAACACUUUGUUACCUAGUUGAGAACAAACCUUUGUGUAUAUUAAUCGAUGGUGCUACAUGUAGAAGACAUCCCAACACAAGUAUCAACCGCUCGUCGUGACUUUUAUUUCAUGAGAUUUUGUUGGUGUAUAAGGGAUGACACAAGUUUAAACGGAAGUAAAUUUACUUGCUGU